AGGUGUAUAUAUAUGAUUUUUGCGAUUUGAAAAAUGAGCUCAUCACUAGUUUUAGCCCUGCAUAAAAAAUUUGCACACUUACCGACAAUUAUCUAUCAAUUUAAAUGUAUCUUCGUUUUGUGUGCAAGGAUCACACUGUAAGGACGAUUCGUGACAGAAUCCAGAGACAGCAGUAAAGUAUGGGUAAUUUAGCCGUUCAUGUGACAAGAGAUAAGAAAUGAGUACAGAGAAUGCAUCAUCUAAAAAUUGGGAGCUUACCUUAUAUGAACUACAUCGUAAACCACAAGAACCUAUUACUGAUGGUACAGUGAUUGCUGUUAGUCCAAGAAGUUUAAAAAGUGAAUUAAUGUGUCCAAUAUGCUUAGAUAUAUUAAAAGUUACUAUGACAACAAAAGAAUGCCUGCAUCGUUUUUGUUCUGAAUGUAUUAUAACAGCACUGCGUAGUGGUAAUAAAGAAUGUCCAACAUGUCGUAAAAAGUUAGUCUCUAAAAGAUCCUUGAGAAGAGAUCCAAAUUUUGAUGCAUUAAUAGCAAAAAUAUAUCCAAGUCGUCAAGAGUAUGAAGCACAUCAGGAUAAAAUUUUGGCACGUUUAAAUCGACAGCAUUUAAGCGCUGCAUUAACACGUUCUCUUGAACAACAAUUAGGCAUAAAUGGUAAUUCAUCAGCGGCUAAUACAACCAGCGGCAGCGGUGGUGGUCGAGGAAGAAGUACAAUUAGCGGGAAUCCUUCAAAUGAUAUGAAUCAUUCUACUGCCUCUGCUACUGUUACUGGUCAUAGUGGAACAAAUGAAGUCGGACAUACAGAUGUUGCAAUUAGUGAGGAAGAGACGUCAUCAAGUUUUGUUAAUAAUGAAAAUUGUUCAGGAAGGCGUAUUAUCCCCACAUCUCUACAUGCUAAUAAUCAAAUCAUUAAUAAUUCUGAUACAGAAAGCGGAAUGGAUACAAAUUCAAUUGGUGAAAAUAGUUCCAUUUCUGAUUUACCCGUGGUACAUCAUCACAGGAAUCCUACAUCAGUUGCGUUGAAUACUACUCCUGGUGCUGCUGGUACUGCUACUACUACUACAACGAAUGGCUCUGUUGGUAUUGAUCGUGAUCAUUUACAGAAUAGCACAUUACACAAUCAUAAUAAUAGUAAUAGUAAUAAUUCUACAUCAUCCCCAUCUGUUUAUCCUGAAAUAGAAAUUCUAUUAAAGCCGCAUCCACGUUAUUGUUCACAGUAUACAACAAUGAAUACUUCAGCGACUGCAUCAACUUCAUGUAGUCCAUCCACGUCAACAGGACAUCGGAAUCAUCAUAACAAUAAUAAUAGUCAUAUUCAUAAUAACAAUAAUAGUACAGGUAUCCAUGGUAACAAUAAUUAUAUCGAUCAAGGGAAUGGUUUAAUUAAAUAUUUGAAAGCACCAACAAUCACUACAGUGGAUCAUCUGUGUGGAUAUUUAACUGUACGAAUUAAUCUUCAAAGAAUCAAUAGAGAUGUAUCAGAUGAAACUGUUCGAUUUGUCUUAUACAGUUAUAAUGAAGCUACAAAUACCUAUCAAUUAUUAGAUUCCCAUAUGUCUAUUGAAGAGAUUAGUCGUGAUCAAUUUCAUGGGAUGAAUUGUCUUGAUUUAUAUUAUGCGCGUGAUGAUUUAUUAGAUGAUAAUAAUAAUAA